AUGAGGAGUAUCAAGUCAGUUGUAGUGGGAGAUGGAGGAGUAGGUAAAACCUGUUUAUUAAUAUCAUACACCACCAACACAUUCCCCGAUGAUUACAUUCCAACAGUAUUUGAUAACUACUCAGCAUCAGUCUUAAUCGACGGGGAACCUAUUAAAUUAGGGUUAUGGGAUACAGCUGGACAAUCAGAGUACGAUAGAUUAAGACCAUUGUCAUAUCCACAAACUGAAAUUUUUUUGUGUUGUUUUUCAGUAGUUAGCCCUGAUUCAUUCCAGAAUAUUAAAUUGAAAUGGAUACCGGAAAUCCAUCAUCAUUGUCCCAAAGAUGUAUUGGUCUUAUUAAUUGGUACGAAGACAGAUUUACGCGAUGAUCCCCAUGCGUUGGAUGAAUUGAGUGCGAAAGGUGUUAAACCAAUAACAGAAGAACAAGGAAAUAAAUUAGCUAAAGAUAUUGGUGCUGUGAAAUAUUUGGAAUGUUCAGCAGCUACACAAAGUGGUGUUAAAGAAAUAUUUGAUUUUGCUAUAAGAGCAGUAUUGGAUCCACCAGAUUCUCACAGCAAAGAUUAUAUCAGUACAAAUAGUUUGAGUGGGUCAACUUUGAAUAAUAAUGGAACAGAUAGAGAUGGAUUGGGGAAAGGAUCAUCACAACGUAAAUUUACAAGUGGCGGUGGAGUUGGGACUAGUGCUGGUAGUGGAGCACAAGGUAAGAGGAGGAAAGUCAAGAGGGCAAAGAAGUGUACGAUAUUGUAA